AAAAAAAAAAAAAAAAAAAACCUGACGGAUAGUCUGCCAUUCUCUCUUCACUACAGAUACCCAGCAAACAACGCGGUCCAACCACUCCGGUACCUCUAGCUUAUGAGCUUUGUCCCGCCCGACCGUCUCGCUUCGUUCCUUUGGAUAUUUCCUUCGGACAACUCUACCACUCGCGUCAGACAGAUCUCCAGGUAAUCACCGAUACCACGGACGCCGAACGCCCGACGCAGCUAUGAACAACUCCGACACUUCUCCAGGGGCAUCCACCCCACACACCUCUCCAAAUUCCACUAUAGCCAUCCCUACAGGCUCCUCUUCCUCCUCAAAGACAAACACAAUCAGCAGAGGUCCCAACAACCGUCGACAUACACAACAAGACAGUAGUACAAGUCCCUACGACUCCGACAUGGACCUUGCUGUCCACGGCCUACACAUAGUCGACUCGUCCCAUCUCCAUCCCGGGUACAAGCCAAGACAAAGGAACGCUGCCCCCCACUACUUCCAUCACGGAUCAGCAGAUAAGAUGUCGUCGUCGUCGUCGUCGUCAACAACAACAACACCAUCCCCACCACGAUCUCAAUAUCGACCUGCUCUCUCUUCGAUGAACAAUUCGUCACAUUCAAAUUCUUCCUCCCCCUCUGAGAAAGUCCCCAGGAAAUGGGGGCUUAGGUCCUAUCCGAGCUUGAAGCAACGGGUACGUGAGGAACGGGAGAAACGGGAUGUAAAGGAGGGAAGGAUGGAAAAUGCUCGGCUUCAAAUUGGGAGAGGGCACAACGAUGAAGAUGGAGAUGUUGAGAUGGUGGACAUGGAUGUAUCGUCGGGUAGUGGGAGUCAUAACUGGAAGGCUGCACGUGAAUUUGAAAUGGGGUAUGAUGGGGAUACCGAGAUGGGGGAUGUACCGCCGCCGCUGUCACCGCCGCCGUCGUCGUCGUCAUCGCAUGAGGUAAAGGGGGCAAGUUGUUCUGGAAGUAAUGGAAGUAAGGGUGGUGGUUUUCAUGGGAGGAGGAAGGGGAGUGAAAUGCCGGUGAAGUACGUGCAGACAGAGGGGGGGAAUACAGACAAGAGUACUAACUCUACAGGUAGUAAGAAGAGGGCGAGAUGCGGUGAUCAAGUGGAUGAAGAAGAGGAAAAGGUAGAACAUAAGCGGAUGAGGAGCUCGUGUGAGUCUCGUCAGUGACGGGGGAGAUGAGUUGCUUGGUUAAGGCAUGGGCAGAUAGCUGGAUAUAGGUACUGUGGCUGAGAAAAGAGGUUGUGAGGUCCAACGAGCGAAUAGCAUAUCGAAUGAGAGGAGAUUUACACAUCACCCCUGGUUUGAUUGUUAGCUUGGUACUGGUAACCCCCAUAGAAAAGGACGUGGUGCGAGAACCACGCUAACAGUUAAACCAGGGUUGAUGUAUACCACGAACAAGUAU